AUGCGAUUUUCGUCCACGGCAUUGAUCGCCAGCCUCGCUGCUGCGAGUGUUGAUGCGCGGAGCGUGAAUCCCUGCGAUAAGCGGGCAACACCUACUGUUUACCUUGCCGGUGACAGCACUACGGCCAAGACCGGGGGUCUUCUCAUGGGAUGGGGUGAAUACCUUCCCCCCCUCCUCAACGGCAUCACCGUCGUCAACAAAGCCGUCCCCGGCCGUUCCGCCCGGUCCUACACCAACGAAGGCCGCUUCACCGAGCUUGCCAACCUGGUCACCGCUGGCGACAUCGUCGUCAUCGAGUUCGGCCACAACGACGGCGGCUCUCCUAGGUCGGCCUCCGACAACGGCCGCUCCGACUGUCCCGGCACCGGCUCCGAAGUUUGUGUCUCAGGUAAAACGGGCGAAAAAGUUUACACGUUCAAUCACUACGUCGAAACCGCCGCAAGGGCGAUCAUUGCCAAGGGCGCCUCCGUCAUCUUUAGCUCCCAGACACCUAACAACCUGUGGGAGGGAGGCAGUUAUGGCGGGUAUGGAACCCCCGUGAGGUUCGUGGAGUAUGCAAGCCUCGCGGCGAAGAAUCUUGCGGGAACGGGGAAAGCCAGCUUCGUGGAUCACUAUCAGGCUGUGGCGAAUAUGUAUUUGAAGCUGGGGAACGCGAAGACGAACAGCCUGUAUCCCAGCGAUCAUACGCAUACCAGCCCGGAGGGAGCGGAUCUCGUGGCGAAGGCGUUUGCGCAGGCGGUCAAGUUGGCGUGGAACGGGACGACGCCGUUGAAGGGAUAUUUGAAGGCGGGGAAUCCUACUGUCUUCUAA